AUGGCCCCUCUAGCCCUCCCCCCACACGUUUCCCACACCUCCGUCCCCCUCUCCCCCUCCUCCGCACUCACCCUCAUCUCCGCCUACCUCAAAGAGACCGAGACCUCCCCGCACCUACACCCCGACGCCCUCCUCACGACCUCCGGGCCCACCUACUCCGCCGCAUCCGGCUCAACCGGCGGACUGACACUGCACAAUCUACGGCGCGUAGAAGCAGGCCUCAGAGGAGAGCGAUUAGCGCCAGACCCCGAGAAGGAGGGCGAUGACACUGUACUUAAUGGGCUCAUUGCUGAGACGGAGGGGAGGGGGCGCAAGCGGAAGGGCGCUGGGCGCGAUGGCGCGACCACAGCUGACGGGAAUGUGGUCGCGGGUGCAGAUGACGCAGCGGAUGGCGUGGAGGCAUGGCAGGACCCUGAGGAGUAUAGGCGCGAGACGGAGCGGGAUGGCAUUGAGCAAGGGGAGAUUGGGGAUUGCAACAACUUUGUUGCGAACGAUGGGGAUCCAAGUGUCCGGGUGACGGCGCCGCAUGGGGCCGACGGGGAGGCUGCGGGAGAGAAGGUGGGCAAGGUGGAUAAGGAGGCGAGGAAGAGGGCGAAGAAGGAGAGGGCGAAAGCUGAGAAGCCAGAGCGGGCUGCCAAGAGAGCGAAAGACAAGGCGUGA